UUUCUCCGAAGAAAAUCCGAAUACCAAACCCGACCCGAAUAGAAAGUUACCGAUUUUAUUCGAUACAAUAAAACGCCCGCCUCCCACCAUAUAAUAAGUUCAUAGCACUGCUGCUAUUAAUUUACUCCAUGCACGCGUGGAAGAGUUGGUGGAGUCAAAUGUGAGCUGAGCUCCUGUUGCUAAGAUCUGCUGGCGGUGAGCUGUUCGAUCACGUGCUCCGCGUGUGGUUGGCGUGUUUUCUGUUUGGAUUUGAAUGUUUUUUGUCUGCUUGUUAUUUGAAUUUCUGGAGUUGUUGUCGGUGGAUUUGUGUGUGGUUUGAACUGAAGUGGACUGAUCGAAGCAUUUUUUGAAUGCUGUGGAAGGAAGUAAGGAUGUGUUAGCGAUUGUGUUUCUAUUUGGCUUUGGAGACGCGGUGAGCGUGUGAUUGGGGAUCUAGAAGCUCGACUAGGAACAAUUUGUGUUGUCAUUUGCGGUUGUAUGGCCUAAAAAUGUAGGACUUGCAAUGGACGUUGAUAAAUGUUGCAGUCUUUACUGUAACUGUGCAUAGUAGUUGUGUUUCUAUGGGGUAAAAGUGGUACCAAGAUGGUAUAGCAGUUAAAAAUUAUGGACAUGGAGGAUAUGCGAGAUGAUAAUCAACCUUCAGAGCAGAAUUCUCCUAUUGGUUCAUGGUGGCCUUCAGAUUUUGCUGAGAGUUUUGGAUCUAUAUCCUUAGAAUCUAGAAAUGAGAAUCUAAGGAGAAAGGAAUUUAAUAACAAAGAGAAGUAUGACAGAUUAUCAUAUAAAAGAGCAUCACAAAUCCUAUGGAGCACAGGAAUGCUUUCUGAACCAAUUCCAAAUGGUUUCUACUCUGCUGUACCAGAUAAAAAGCUCAAGGAACUAUAUGAAGAUAUACCUACGUUGGAGGAGCUUAAUGCUUUGGAGCAUGAGGGUUUGAGGGCGGAUGUUAUCCUUGUAGAUUCUGAGAAGGAUAAGAAGCUUUCUAUGCUAAAACAGUUGAUUGUAGCUCUGGUUAAGGGUCUAAACUCGAAUGCUGCAGCUGUAAUAAAGAAAAUUGCUGGACUGGUAUCUGAUUUCUACAAGCGGUCAAAUUCAGAGAUAAGCCCCAAGAAAGCUGUCCAGGAAGAUUCCUCACAUCCAUCUGAAAGUCGAGGUGUGCAACUGCUGGGUCAAAUACGGCACGCUACGUGCAGACCUCGAGCAAUAUUAUUCAAAGUUCUUGCCGAUGCUGUAGGACUGGAGAGUAGGCUGGUGGUGGGUUUACCCACUGAAGGAACUUCUGAGUGUGUGGACUCCCACAAACAUAUGUCUGUGUCAGUCGUUUUGAAUUCUGUAGAAUUGGUGGUUGAUUUGAUGCGGUUUCCUGGCCAACUGAUACCUCGGUCAACCAAAGCUAUCUUUAUGUCUCACAUAUCUGCUGCCGGGGAGAGCGAUUCUGCAGAAAAUGAUUCUUGUGAUUCACCAAUGGAACCGAACAGCCCCUUGUAUGGGGUUUCAGAGCGACUUGAUCCUGAAAGCGCUGAGAAAGAUGAUGGCCUGCUAUAUCAACGAAGGCUGGAAGCUUAUUCAAAUGCAGCAGGGCCUUCAUUAAGAAAUAUGAUGCUGCGGUCAAAUUCAGUUGAUAGAAAAUUGAGCUUGUCGCGCAGUGAACCUAACAUAGCCGCUACAUUUUGGCGAAGGAGUAGGAGAAAGGUCAUUGCUGAACAAAGAACUGCAAGUUCAAGCCCAGAGCAUCCUUCACUUCGUGCACGUGGUCGUUCCAUGCUUAGUGGCGAUAACAAAUCUUUCAGAGAGUACUCUGUUGAUGAUGGUACAUCCAGGUCAGAGGGGGCGUCAUCAUCAGACACACGUCGGCUUAGGAGAAGAAGCAUUAGCAUGACCCCUGAGAUUGGUGACGACAUUGUAAGGGCUGUGAGAGCAAUGAAUGAAUCACUAAAGCAAAAUCGUCUUUUAAGAGAACAGGGUGGAAGUGGCUCAUCUAAUUCAGGUCAACCAGAAGAGGUUAAUGAUCCUCAACUUGAUGACUGUUCCAAAUUGUCUGAUAAUAACUCAACUAUAUAUGCCACUCAGGGGCAGCACAGUUCCCAGAAAGCAAUGUCAUUACCUUCAUCUCCACAUGAGUUCAGAAGUCAGACCCCAGAAUGCAGUGGGAUUCCCAGGGUAAAUGAGGAAAUGGUUUCAACAUGGAACAGAGUUCUGGACUCACCAAUGUUCCAGAAUAAACCUCUGCUGCCAUAUGAUGAGUGGAAUAUUGAUUUCUCGGAGUUAACUGUAGGCACUCGAGUUGGAAUUGGGUUCUUUGGAGAGGUUUUUCGUGGAGUUUGGAAUGGAACUGAAGUUGCUAUCAAAGUGUUUUUAGAGCAAGAUCUCACUGCUGAAAACAUGGAGGAUUUCUGCAACGAGAUAUCCAUACUCAGUCGCCUUCGGCAUCCAAACGUAAUCCUAUUUCUUGGCGCUUGCACAAGACCUCCACGCUUAUCGAUGGUUACUGAGUACAUGGAAAUGGGGUCGUUAUAUUAUUUGAUUCAUUUAAGUGGUCAGAAGAAGAAACUGAGUUGGCGGAGGAGAAUCAAGAUGCUACGUGACAUAUGCAGAGGGCUUAUGUGCUUACACCGCAUGAAGAUUAUCCACCGUGAUAUCAAAAGUGCAAACUGCCUUGUGAACAAACAUUGGACAGUUAAGAUCUGCGACUUUGGACUCUCAAGAAUCUUUCUUGAAGUACCUGUUAAGGACUCCUCGUCAGCUGGCACACCAGAAUGGAUGGCUCCUGAGCUUAUUCGAAACGAGCCCUUCUCAGAGAAAUGUGACAUUUUCAGUCUCGGUGUUAUAAUGUGGGAGCUCUGCACUCUAAGUAAACCCUGGGAGGGGACUCCACCUGAGCGGGUUGUCUACACCGUUGCAAAUGAGGGAGCACGUUUGGAGAUACCUGAAGGGCCAUUGGGCAGUUUGAUUGCAGAUUGUUGGGCGGAACCCCACGAGCGACCGAGUUGCGAAGAAAUUCUCAACCGUUUGCUUGAUUGCGAGUUAGCGCUUUGCUAACUCAGACACGCUUGUUGUACAGAAAGAGAAACCAUCAUUGUUGAGGUUUUCCAUAUUCUUCGGCUCUAUUUUUCUAACUUUAGUGUGGAUUUUUUCAUGAGAUUGUCUUCGCCUUCGGUUUUUUAAUGGAAACAUGAUGAUUAUGUUUAUGCAAUUGAAUGGUGAAAUUUUCCACUCACGCUGGCCCUAAUUUAAGCUGUCAGAUGCAGACACAAAUUGUGCUCGGAA